GAACCGGCUGCAGGCCCUUGGGGCGGAGGUUUCCUGUGAGCCCGGCCUGGGCCACGUUUGGCCUGGAGGCUCCCGGCUGCCGCCCGCGCCCCCGUCUUAUCUCUUGUUUUAUUUAAUACCUGUUUGUUUAUUUAUUUAUAGGUUUUGCCCGGAUUGAUUUUUGUUGUCCAUGUAAUAAACAUCUGCCUUGUGCUCAGUUUAAAUUCAACCGAAGGCAGCUAAAAAUCAGCCUUAAUAAGGAGCCUCAGGGGAGAUCGCGACUUGUCCGGAAGGGCUUGGCUGUGCUGCGAGCUUGUGAGCGCCUGGGGGUUCCUUUCUCUGACCCCCACGCAAGUAAUGGCUACCUACACUUGCAUCACUUGCCGUGUGGCUUUCAAGGAUGGUGACAUUCAGCGUGCCCACUACAAAACCGACUGGCACAGAUACAACCUGAAGCGUAAAGUUGCUGACAUGCCUCCWGUCACUGCUGAGAAUUUCCAAGAGAGAGUCCUGGCACAGAGAGCAGUAGCAGAGGAACAGAACAAAAUCACUGCCACUUACUGCACAGUGUGCAGCAAGAGGUUCUCCACCUUCAAUGCCUACGAGAAUCACCUGAAGUCCAAGAAGCACCUGGAGCUGGAGAAGAAAGCUGUUCAAGCUGUUAGUGAGAAGGUAAAAAUAUUAAAUGAGAAGAACCUGGAAAAGGGGCUGGCCCCAGAGAGUGUAAACAAAGAUGAAAUGAACACAGCUAUUCAGCAAGUCAUCAGAGCCCAGCCAUCUUCAUCUCCAAAGAAGACACCUCUACCUCCUAGUAAUGCAAGUGGCUCUCCAGUUUCCAGGGAAAGUGCCAGCUUGUCACAGAGCAGAGAACGACCAGAAAUACCUCCACGGUUGCUGUGGUUUGAACAGCAAGCAAGGAAGCUGGCCAAGCARCAAGCAGAGGAAGAAGAGGAUAAUGAAGAAGACUGGGAAGAUAUGGAUUCUAAUGAMGACAUUGGCUCUGAUGAAGAAAUGGAAAGUGUGGAAGAAGAAAAGGAGGACGAACAACAGGCAGAGGCUGAAAGCACUCCUGCUGUUGGGGCCAUUCCAGUCACAGACUGCUUGUUCUGUCCCCAUCACUCAAGAUCUCUCACAAAAAAUAUAAAGCAUAUGACCAAAAUCCACAGCUUCUUUAUUCCAGAUAUAGAAUACCUUGUGGAUCUCGAAGGACUAAUCAAGUACCUUGGAGAGAAAGUUGGCAUUGGGAAAAUCUGCAUCUGGUGCAAUGAAAAGGGGAAAUCCUUCUACUCUACGGGAGCGGUCCAGGCUCACAUGAAGGAUAAAAGCCACUGCAAACUCUUCACAGAUGGAGAUGCUGCCCUGGAAUAUGCAGAUUUCUAUGAUUUUAGGAGCAGUUACCCUGAUCAUGAGGAUGGGGAAGAUGUGGAGGGUCCUGGAAAGUGCCUGGCAGAGAAAGACUUGGAUUAUGAUGAUGACACCAUGGAGCUGAUCCUUCCUUCAGGUGCGAGGGUGGGUCACCGUUCCUUGAUGAGGUACUACAAGCAGCGSUUUGGUGCGACAAGUGCCGUGACUGUUGCGAAGAACAAGAAAGCCGUGGGUCGGGUGCUGCGGCGGUACCGAGCCUUGGGCUGGACCGGGCAGGCAGGGGCCAUCUCUGUUCAGCAGCGGGACAUGCAGUACCUGCAGAGGAUGAAGUCAAAAUGGAUGCUCAAGACAGGAAUGAGCAACAAYGCUACAAAGCAGAUGCAUUUCCGGAUGCAAGUCAGAUUCUGAGUUCCCAAGAGAGCUGCRUACAACUGGUUAUGGGAAGGAGGAUUUAAUGGCUUCUGGGUUGUGGAUUCACUUAUUAAAAUGGACUCGGUACCUAUCAAAUGCUGAUGUGUUUGCUGGUGUGCCCUCCUGUGUAAGAAGAAUGGCAGGGAACUUAUCUCUUCUGAAAUAAUGGUUGGCCUAACUUAAAAAUAAAAUACCUUCAGUGGAAUGUG